AUGUGGCUGAGGUUGGCCGAGCGCUGGGCCCGCGGCUCCGGGGCGGGGGCAGCGGCACAAGAAGCCAACGCCAGCGCGGCGAGCAGCAGCCGCAGAGGGCGCGUGCGCAGGCGCAUGUUGCGCCGCGCCCAUUGCAGCCGCCAGGCCGCCGUUUGCUCAACAGAACAUACCACAACACUACAAAGAUCACACGACCCUGUCCCGAUCAAGAUUCAUUACACAGCAUCUUGUAUUCAGGUGCACAGCCUUAUGAGAUCUAUUGACGGCGGUCUCUGCUGCAUGGUACACACCGCCGGUCAACUAGCGCUCGGAUGCUGGGUCGAUCUGUAA